UGAACAAGAUGGACAACGUAGAACACGUAAUAUCGUCUCUAGAUACUGCGCCGAAUCGCAUCGCAAACGACUCGGUAGCGGGACAAGCUACGCGACUUGGGCAGAUUGAUCCGUCAAGAUAUUCCACACCCGUUUUCGACAACACUACUGUACCGCAGACAAGUAUAUACAGGACUGGCAUCUCGACAGUAUCGCCAUUGCCCUCCGGAGCUAUCCGCGCUGACCGAGGCUUUGGCUUUAAUCUCAUGCCGAAGUUUGCCACAAAGAAAAACACUAUAUCUAGUCUCUUUGUGCCCAAUGAAGUGGAACUUGCAACCUCACCUGAGGUUCUCGAAUUGGCUAAAAAGGCUCAAGCGGAGGUCAAAAGCAAAAGCAGAGACAUGCAGAUAUGGAGGAAGCUACUAGCGCGUCCUGACACUGAGGUAACGACACUCGGAACAGGUUCUGCCCUACCGUCCAAGUACCGUAAUGUAUCUUCUACAUUGGUGCGGGUUCCUGGCAUCGGCAACUACCUCUUGGAUUGCGGAGAGAACACAUUGGGUCAGCUUUCAAGAGUCUUUCCUCACGAAGAGCUCGUCGAUAUCUUCAAGAACCUGCGUAUGAUCUGGAUCAGUCACUUGCAUGCCGAUCACCACUUAGGAACAGCAGCAGUGAUUCGUGCUUGGUACCAAGUAGCACACAAUGCUGUUCCAAAUUCCCAGCCCCUAGACCCUUCCGCGACCAACAUAGACCCUAGCGCAUACGGUCUUGCCGUUAUGUCCCACAGUGGCAUGCUCCAAUGGCUUAAAGAAUAUUCAGCCAUCGAGGACUUUGGCUACAGUCGAAUUCUCCCUCUUCAAAUCACUCCCAACGAAUACAAGAAUGGGUCGAGGUUGUCUAUACUGAACUCGUUCGGAAAGACACUGUCUGAGAAUCCGGCCGUACCGAAAGCAGAGUAUGAGAAAUUGUUUGGUUUCGAGGAAAUACAAGCUUCCAGAGUAGCGCAUUGCCACGGUGCCAUGGCUGUUUCAAUUACCUUCCCGCGCUCGCCAGCAGACCUUGAACAAGUCAAGCCACUUAAAGUCAGCUACUCAGGCGAUUGCAGACCAAGCGUCCACUUCUCCAAGAUCGGACAAGAUACCACAGUCCUCAUCCACGAAGCGACUUUCGACGAUGAACUACAAGGCGACGCAAAGGCCAAGAAACACUCCACCACCUCGGAGGCACUCGGUAUCGGCGCAGCGAUGAACGCGAAAACAGUAGUCCUCACGCAUUUCAGCCAGCGCUACCAAAAGAUCCCCGUCCUCCAAACCGUCACAGACGGUGAGGAAGAAGACCCUCUGCUCAACCCCAAAGAAGUCGCUGAAGACGUGCCCAUGGAAGACGAAGACGCCGAAGUCGACCCCACCACCGAAAACGCAGACAACAUGGACAUGCACCCCACCGUUCCUUCUUCCACAACUCCCGCCCCAGGCCCAGCAAAACCCAUACCCUCUCUCCUCAAGGAAACUUCGUCUUCGCUCCAAGAAAACGCCCGUGUCAUCAAGGUGCGCAACAAGGACAUGAAGGUCGCCAUCGCAUUCGACUACAUGCGCGUCAAGAUUGGCGAGAUAUACGAGAUGGAGAACUUUAAUGAUGCGUUGAAUGAGUUGCUUGUCAAGGACGAGGAUACGGAUGCCGCGUUGGAGCCGGCUGCGAAUGGGAAAGGGAAUGGGAAGAGGGCGAGUGAGGAUGAUGGGGAGGGGAAAGGAAAUGGGAAGAAGAAGGCGAAGAAGGUGAAGGAUAAGAGUAAGAGGAAUAACUGAGAUGCAUUGCAUGCGGUGUGGUGUACGAAGCAAGGAUUAUGACAUUGAUGUACAUUAUAUAAAGAAGGAAUGGUGCGUGUAUGCAUAGACUAGUUCAAAAGGACCGUCACAUGAAUCUCUACAUGGUGUUUCGUUAUUAUCGUAUCGAUGUUUUGUACGUAACUCGGGUUCUCCGCCUGUCCAACAGUGAUAGUUG